AUGAAUACUGUAGGGAGAACGUGAGUAGGAAGAGCUUCGGUUGAGGGCUUCGGGGUCUCCUGUGGCCCCUCCACUCGCUGGGGUCGAGAUAGAGUUGAUAUCCCGGACUCGGAGAGGCAGCAGUGUCUCUUGAGGCCACCUCUGAAGAGCGCUGUCCUUUCCACAGGCCAGAGCGGAGAGCUCGUGGGUCUUUCAGAGUGUGAGACCCCCUUGCCCUUCUCCGGCUCACCGCAGGCAUUCGUCCCCGCCAUGGCUGAACUGAUCCAGAAAAAGCUACAGGGAGAAGUGGAGAAAUACCAACAGCUACAGAAAGACUUGAGUAAAUCCAUGUCAGGGCGGCAGAAGCUUGAAGCACAACUAACAGAAAAUAAUAUCGUGAAGGAGGAACUGGCCCUGCUGGAUGGGUCCAAUGUGGUCUUCAAACUUCUGGGCCCAGUGUUAGUCAAACAGGAGCUGGGGGAGGCUCGAGCCACAGUGGGGAAGAGGCUGGACUACAUCACAGCAGAAAUUAAGCGAUAUGAAUCUCAACUCCGGGACCUCGAGAGGCAAUCAGAACAGCAGAGGGAGACCCUUGCUCAACUGCAGCAGGAGUUUCAGCGGGCCCAGGCUGCAAAGGCAGGGGCUCCUGGGAAGGCCUGACCUGGUGGUAGGGGGAAGGGCAGGUGAGGGAAUGAGGCAGCUCUAGGGUCUAUACUGUAGCUAAUAAAAGUAUGGAAACAACUGGCUGUUUUCUGACCAGCCA